AUGACUCAGCUACCAGUGCGUUUUCCAUGCUGGUGCCGAGCAGUAUAUUCCUGGGGUGGAGAGACCACACGAGAUCUGGGAUUUGUGGAGGGUGACUUAAUCGAAUGCUUGAAUGCAGGCGACGGACAAUGGUGGAUGGGUCGGUUACGCCGUGACAGGCGCGCGGUUGGACUGUUCCCGUCAAACUUUGUCGAGCUUCUGAGUGAAGACUUUGUGCCCGUCAGCCGUGAUACUACUAGCCCAAUGGUGCUAGCGGGAUCUUCUCCGAUCAACAAUCCCACAUCAGCCCCCAAGAAACAGAAGACCGUUUGGCGGAAACCCUUCCAGGCGCACAAGGAAGCCGUAUCACCAGCUUCCGUCGCUCGGCGCGCAACCGAAGCCGGCCAAUCUGCACCUGCGAUUCCCCAAACACCACCUCGGGAUGGCAGCGUUCCACGAAGUACGAAGCCGUUGCGCACGCAUGCGACAGCGGUCAAGAACCAAGGCUCCUUAUCCCGACCCACGUCAUCCGCAUCACGGUCUUCCUCACGUGGUUGUCUCAACCUCUCGGCCUUCAUCCCGGGAGCAAUCCCCAUUACAAACACAGGAACGUUCAUAUGCGAUGACGCCGAAGGCCAGCCUCUCAUCUACCCGUCCCUCUCCCGUAAUCCAUCUCCCUUGCCAAUACAUGAGCAUUCGAAUGGCAUUGUUGCACCAGGCAGUAUCCCAUCUUAUCGGGCUUCAUCUCGUGAGCCGUCUCCGUUGCAAAUGCAGGAUUAUCCACCCCCGGCCAUGCCACAUGGCAGUGUCUCAUCCUACCGGGGCUCGUCUCGUGAGCCGUCUCCGUUACAUAUGCAAGAAUAUCCACCCUCUACCAUCCCCGCUGGGAGUAUCUCCUCAUAUCAGACACAAUCACGUGAGCCAUCUCCAAUGUAUAUGGAGGAUCAUCCACCCGCAACGAUGCCACAUGGGAGUAUGUCAUCUUACCGGGCUCCAUCCCCCUUAAUUCAUGACCAUGCGUCUACGAUGGUCCCCCACGGGCGUAUCCCAUCCUACCGAGCUCCAUCGCGUGGGCCAUCUCCGCUACCAAUUCAGGAGCAUUCUACGAUGGCUUCACAUGGUAAUAUGUACCAGGCCCCAUCGCGCGGGCCAUCUCCAUUGUACAUGGAGGAUCAUCCACCUGCACCCAUGCCACAUGGAAGUAUGUCUUCUUACCGGGCUCCAUCGCCAUUGCCCAUUCAAGAACAUCAGUCUGCGCUCGUCUCUCAUGGCAGUAUGUCAUCUUACCGGGUUCCGUCUCGUGAACCCUCUCCGGUGCAAAUGCACGAGGAGCGGGAAGACUCUCCCCCUCCCCCUCCACCGCCGCCGCACCGAGUCGCCAUCGGUCGUACAGACUCUCACUCUCCGCAGCCGCCUAUGCAUUCUCAGACACGAAGUCACUCGCCACUACCACCCACGCACUCAUCCCAGUAUCGCCCACACUCUCCUAACCCGCCAUCACACUAUCCACCCCCAUCACGAUCACCCACUCCAUUAGUUAUGAAUGACCGCUACACGGUAUUCAAUCGAACCCCAUCCCCGUCUGCCGCCUCAAUGCACUCCGCUGUUUCUGCGACCUCGGCACAGUCAGAUAUUCAUGGGAAUACGCCGUCUCCGCUCCGUGAUGCCAUGGAAGAUGUUAUGACCUCAUUGGAAGACAUGGGUCUCCCUCGCCAAGCCCAGUCGCCCUCUCCGUCGCCAAUGUUCAACAAUCCCUGGGCCCCCGAAGAAUUUGAUACUUCGCAGGAAAGGACACCCCAAGGCAACAGACGCCGGCCUUUGACGUCAAUGGGCUUUGAUGGAGACAAAGAACAACCACAAGGCGGACUCGUCCACCGCAACAGCGUUUAUAGCCAUGAUCACAUGGAUGGUCCGCCUCAACUGAACAAUUAUGUCCAAAGGAUGGAGAGCCGCCUACGUCAGUUGGAAGAUCAGAAUCGACCGCCUGAGGACCGAAGAGCCGGUCAGGACGAUGACAACGGACCUCCGCCCCCUCCUCCAAAACAUGCCACCUACCACCCGCGGAAUAACUCUAUACCAGGACAAUAUGCUCCCCUCAGGGCCAGGCGUUCCGGCCAUGAUCUCCGGGGUGAUAUUCUGAAUCGGUCAUUUACCAAUAAGUCUAGUGCCACCAAUUCAUCCAGUGGGGUGCAAAGCAACGGCACAUCCAUGACGACGAGCACAGACAAGACGAGGAGCUUUGCCAGGCGGGGCGGGAAUGAGAGGCCCAAUACUGCUAUGGACACUAUCCGCUCUCGAGGGUUCAGUGACGUACGCCCAGAGACGCCUUUCACGGGCGUUUCGUAUCACUCCAGUCAUAACUCUUCUCGUCAGGGUGCAUCGUCGGCUAUUCCGUGGUCAUCCACCGGUCUCGACUCGACGGAUCAUAGUGGAGUGUUCGGGGGUCUUUCUACGCCAAAGAGCAAAAAGCAAGGGUUUUUCAAAAAGAUAUUUGAGACGGCCAAGACUGGCGCAGCUAGCGCAAGGAGUAGCAUUUCGGUCGGUCAUGGCGAGAGAUCGAAUUCUCCAACCAAGAGCAACAGAGGAAUAGAUGUCGUCUCACCGGCUCUUGCUUCUCACUCAAAUCGCGAUAGUGGUCGUGAUACGGGACUCGGGAAUGGCACCAUUGACUGGGUUCAGGUGCGCCGAGAUGUUAACCGAGCGUCGUCCCCUAGUCGAAAUGAGAGGAUCGAUAGAGCAGAGCGAUGCCAGAUGAUGGACCAUCCUGUUAUCUACUCCGUGGAAGAGCUAUACGAUACUGCAGAGGGGGAUGAAAGCAUCGAUGGGCAACCAAUCACCGAGCCAACGAACUUCCACGCAGCCAAUCUUAACCUCGUUGAUAAGAGUGCACGCUUCAUCAGCAGUCUACCUCCAAUGACGAACCCCAUGAGCCUCGCCCAAGCUUAUAUUUGUCGACCCUACAAGAGUGACGUCCAGCGUCUCCGGGCCAUAUUUACCUGGGUCAGCGAGAAAAUAUCGUGGGAGGAACCUGUCGACGGCCUCGAAGUUGACAUGAAGAGACUUCUGCAGGCCAAACGAGGUACCCCAGAGGAAAUCGCACUAUUGGUGCACGAGAUGUGCGCAGCCGUUGGCCUGCAUACAGAAAUCAUCAGAGGCUUCCUUAAGAGCCCCGGCGACGCCCUUGAUCUGGAAAGCCUCUCCCGUCCUAAUCACUGGUGGAACUCCGUUUUGGUCGACGGGGAAUGGCGCUUUAUGGAUUGUGCGCUUGCAAACCCCACGAACCCUCACCGCAGUAAAUUUGUUACCAACAAUUCUUCUGUAGCGGAGAGCUGGUACUUCCUCACACGCCCCCUUGAUCUCUGCUACACUCAUGUCCCGCUCUAUCCGGAAGAACAGCACAUCUGUCCACCAAUUUCACCAGAUGUUCUCCUCUCCCUUCCCACCGUGUGCCCCCCAUUCUUUAAACUUAACGUCCAAAUGCCGGAUUAUGACACAAGUUUCCUUCGUAUCGACGGAUUGGAAGUCAUGCAACUCCGCAUGCUAGUCCCUCCCGAUGUUGAAUGUGCCGCGGAAGUCGAAGCCCCAGGAUUCGCCCGCGACGCAGACGGCGACUGCUUCGAAAGCGGAGACAUUGUGCGCAAGCGCGCCUUGGUCCAGCCGGAUUGGAUCCGCGGUCAAAAACGCAUCACAAUCAAGGCUGUACUGCCCGGCGACGAAGGCCAGGGUGUCCUCAAGAUUUAUGCAGGCAAGAAAGGGCUGAUGCACUCAAGCCGUGACAUUCCCCAUCCCCUAGCCUUGGCUCUACCAAUGAUCCACACCGGCGAGAAUCCAUCUUACGAUUUCGUGCUACGCCAUCCUACACCCCACGCCCAGCGACACGACUUGUACAUCAUGCAGCCGCAAUGCUCGCGCCUGGCAGUGAACAAUACCUUUGUGUUCGCUGUCCGGCAACACGCUUCUGCUCCCGCGUCCGGCAAGGACGAUACCACCUCCAAUGGCCGCGGUUCGCCCUCGUCCGUCUUCACUCGUCCAUCUAGUGCGUUGAGCAUGGUGUCCAGUACAGCGGGAGGCUCCACUGUAUCGGGUGCCUCAAACGAAUUCUCAGCAUCGACAUCGGCCAUUUCAUCGACCAAAUCUGCUUCUGGGCGGGACAAGGCUGCGAAAUUAGCGAUUCAGUCCCCGUCCGGCAAGAUACUUCGCCUCACCCGCAAAGCUGACCAUAUGAUCAGCAGUGAUACUGGCACCGAAUCUGUUACCGAUGCCGUCGCUGAGGGAAGUGUCUGGGAGACUGUCAUUAAGAUCGGUGAACGUGGUAUGUGGCGCGGACUUGUGCUAGCUGACCGAGCUGCGCGCUGGUGUGUAUUUUGCGAGUGGGAAUGUGUUUGA